GUAGUUCACGGCAAUCUCGCCUGUGUUUACUACGAACAAGGAUUAAUUGAUUUGGCGAUCGAUACCUAUAAGAGAGCGAUUGAACUUCAGGCUAAUUUUCCGGACGCGUAUUGCAAUCUCGCAAAUGCUCUUAAAGAGAAGGGUCAGGUGAAAGAGGCCGAGGAGUGCUAUAACACUGCGCUUAGACUCUGUCCAACGCACGCCGAUUCGCUCAACAACUUGGCCAACAUUAAACGAGAACAAGGCUAUAUAGAAGAGGCGACCCGUUUAUACCUGAAAGCAUUGGAUGUGUUCCCCGAGUUUGCGGCCGCGCACUCGAAUCUGGCGUCUGUUUUGCAACAACAGGGAAAACUGAAUGAAGCGCUUCUUCACUACAAAGAGGCGAUCCGAAUAUCGUCGACGUUCGCCGACGCGUACUCUAAUAUGGGGAAUACACUCAAAGAGAUGGGAGACAUUCCCGGCGCUCUCCAGUGUUACACCAGAGCUAUACAGAUCAACCCGGCCUUCGCUGACGCCCACUCCAACUUAGCCUCUAUUCAUAAGGAUUCCGGUAAUAUUCCCGAAGCGAUCGAUUCC